CCAGGACUUAGUGGGUGGCGGGCAGCUUGGGAAAUCGUCUAUGAAUAACACACGGGAAUGUAAACAGCAUAAGUGGAGAAAGAACAGCCUCUGGUGCAAAAAGAAAAAAGAGAGAAAAACGAGAUAAAAUAAGAUUGCUUUUACGUGACUGAGCUGACCGAUAUGGUGGACGCCAAAGAUAUCGAAUACUUUCUCCUGAAGCCUGAGAACUUCGAUGAAGUGGCCAAGUUGAUCGAGGAUGACUACUUCCCCAGAGAGCCUCUCUGCAUGGGCUUCCACGUGACCGCCUCAGCCCGCAGCGGGAUGACGAGCAAGAAACUGCAGGAGUGCCUCGCCUCUGGAGUGUCCUAUGGUGCCAGGGACGUCCGCACAGGCGCCUUGGCCGGUGUUUGCCUGAGUUACGUGAAAACUAAGGCGGAAGCUGUUUCUGCGAAGCCUUUGGCUGAAAGGAAAACUGAAUAUGAAAUCAAAGUGUGUGGACUAUGUGACGAAAUAAGGUCCAAGGUGGAUAUAUUUGAAGAGUCUAAUGUAGAAAAGAUACUCUACAUCUUCGUGCUGUGUGUUCGAGAAAAUUAUGGUGGCUGCGGUAUUGGAAAGAAAUUGGUUCCGAUGAGCAUUGAUCAGGGAAAAGCCUCGGGGUGCCAGCUAGUGCUUGUAACAGUCAGCAACAAGUUAUCAAGUCGGAUCUUCACCGCGCUUGGUUUUGAGACCAGGUAUUCCGUGGACGUUUCUACGCUGACAGGUGAUUGGAAAUUGGAUCUCUCUGCCAUGAAGGGAAACACUGUGAUCCAGAUCGUGACAAAGUCCCUCCAAUGAGCUAUGUUUGAAAUGAACGACAGUGUAAGUAUGUUCAACAUCCUGUAGCAUCUACACUGGGGAAGAGGAGAAUUCACAGAGAAGGGAGAUUGAACAUUAUAGAAAAUGUAUAAAAUAUAUUAUAGGAACUGGUGUAAACGUGUUUUCUUUCACUA